UGCGAUGGAUACGAAAUAAAACCCUUUCAUGUCCCGAUCAACUCCCUCUCGCCACCCUGCCUCAAGCCCUCGACUCUCCUUUGGGUUCCUUGCUCCGAUACAGCAUGGCUGCUAUCCACUCAAAACCACAGCUUAUGAAAACCCUAGGUUCUGUGCCAUCUCGAUUCGGCGCUCCGCGGAAGCCAACAAGCCUCCGCUGCUCCGCUGCAAGGCCACUGCAUCCCCGGAGCUAUAGCAUCACUCUCCUUCCCGGCGAUGGUAUCGGACCAGAGGUCGUUUCCGUAGCCAAGGACAUCCUAUCCGUUGCCGGAGCUCAUGAAGGAAUUGAGUUUUGCUUCAACGAGAUGCCGAUGGGUGGAGCGGCGCUAGAUGCUGUUGGGGUACCGUUGCCGGAGGAAACUUUGGCCGCUGCUAAGCAAUCUGAUGCGGUUCUUUUGGGAGCAAUAGGGGGGUACAAGUGGGAUGGGAAUGAGAAGCCGCUGAAGCCUGAAACAGGGCUUCUUCAGCUUAGGGCUGGUUUAGGCGUAUUUGCAAACUUGAGGCCAGCCACGGUGUGGCCACAGUUGGUUGACUCCUCGACUUUAAAGAAAGAGGUUGCUGAAGGAGUUGACUUAAUCGUAAUUAGAGAGCUUACGGGAGAGGUUAUUACAGGAAUUUAUUUUGGAGAGCCCCGGGGAUUUGGGACUAAUGACAAGGGUGAGGACUUUGGCUUCAAUACUGAAAUAUACUCAACAUUUGAGGUACAGAGAUUGAGAUUUUUCUAUAACCUGCCUUAGUUGUAAACGUUUAAU